GGUGUGGUGCGCUGUUGGGUCGUUUUAUGCUCAGUUGCAUUAUACUUUCUGCGAUUCGAUGUCAAGUAGUGACGCACUGGCAGUGGGUGCGACAUAUAGACGAGGUGAUAAAACCGUACCAAGCAUGGCCCGGAACCAGGGCUACAUGCCAAUCAAGUCUCGCUUGAAACCAGUGAUUUUUGUGCACACGUUAGUAUCCAAUCGCUUCAUUCGGAAGUAUGGUGUGUUUUGUCUCAUUCUGUGCACCGCUCUAGGGCUGCUGUACUACAGAAGAGUUUUGUUUCAAAAGUACAUUCAUCAAACACUUCCACUCUACCAACGGUCGGUGUCUUUGGUGUUUGGCAAUGAUAGCAGAGUUGAUGUGGAAGACACAGGACAACAUGACCGAUGGCUACCGAUUGGGGAUGCGGACAAGAAGUUUAAAAUCUACUCAGCCUACUUUGACCCGCGGCUGGAGGUUGUCGAAUCCUACCUCGUCCCAGAUGGAUUUCUGCCGUUCGGUAGUAUUCGUAUCUUUGCAAUAUUGCCGUUAAAAGUGCAAAAAGUCAAUAUAUUUUGCAACUUCAGAUCAGAUAACGACUACCUGGCACAGCACCGAGCCGACGAAGUUGAAGCGGUGCACGAGCAUUGGAAUAUGGAAUAUGCGGCCAGCUAUGUGAUAUGCAAACUGGCGGGAAAUGUUACCAAGCGCGAAGCUCGCCUACCGGACGAGGUGGCACUAAGCUAUCUCGAUGAGCCCAGCAUGCAGGAAGCAACGAGCUUUGUUCGCAUAAAGUACCCCAAAACGGACCGACUCUUUCGGGCGGCUCCCACCCGUUCGCUGGCCGUGUGCGUAGGUCCGCUGCAUCACAAUUUUGCGUACGCACUGCGGGUGGUGGAAUUUUUCGAAUAUUACAAGCUGCAGGGAGCAGAACGGUUCUACGUGUACAACAAAUCGGCCACCCCGGAAGUGCAGGCCGUGCUGCGCCAUUAUCAAGCGACUGGACUGGUGCAAGUGUUGGACUGGCAUUUCGAAGGGUACCGAUUCGAGAGCGAGCUGCGGUACGAGGGCAUUUUUGUUGCACUGAACGAAUGUUUCUAUCGUGCGACCGUGGCCGGGGGGUUCCGGUACACAGCGAUUGUCGAUUUCGACGAGCUAUUAUUCCCGUCUGGUGAUAAGGAAACUCUUCUCGAGUAUCUGCAAGCAAAGGACCGAUAUGAUGUGCACUCGUUCAACUUCCAAGGCGUCUUUUAUUACGAUAUCUAUGCUCCAGAUUUCUCGCACGUUCCGCCAUGGGCAAACAAUACCUACCUCUACACGCAGGUCCGCAACGUCCGGACGAAGAAUCCACUGUUGCAUCACAAUCGCAGCAAAUACGUGUUGAAAGGUCGCAAUGUGCUUGAAGCUGGGAAUCACUUCGUCUGGAAAGCGGUUCGAGACACCUACGAGUACCCGGUCCCGGAAAGCGAAGGACUGUUGAUGCACUAUCGCGACGGGAAUCUUGGCUACGAUUUCGAAAACGUUGUCCUGGACAAUCGCAUUCGAGACCGCUUCGGCAAAACGAUGUGGCAGGUGGUGAACGAACAGUGUGCCAUAAUAUUUCCCGAGACGCGUAUCUGUCCACUCGGAGAAAAUUACAAUCAAACAGAACCGUCACAGUAAAACGCUACGCCCAGCGCGAAAAGUCAUCUUUGAGAGCUUUAUUGGAAUUAUAAAUUAAGUGUUAUUUAUAAGCUUACGUACUGGAGGAAAUAGGUAGUCUCGCAUGGUUGCUGUUUUUUUUUUACCCACCCAGCUCGAGACUGUACUCGCAAA